AUGGAUUUGGAGCUGAAGAACCAGACGUUCCCCUUGUCAUAUACAGAGUUCAUCCUACGUGGAUUUCCUGGAGUCUCCUCAUUCCGGGAGGUUCUGGCCAUCCCGUUCUUCAUCGUCUACGUGUUGAUCUUGUCUGGGAAUCUGAUCAUCAUAUCCCGGAUCUGGGUGGAGAAGACUCUCCAGUCCCCCAUGUAUCACCUCAUUGCUCUCCUCUUUACAGUGAACAUCACCUGCACCACGGCCAUUGUCCCCAGCACUCUGUUGGCUCUGCUAUGUGGACUGGAUGGGACCUCUCUUGACGGCUGCCUCUUCCAGAUGUUCUUCAUGUACGUCAUGGUCAUGUUUGAGUCUGACGUGCUGCUCCUGAUGGCGCUGGACCGAUAUGUGGCCAUCUGUAGGCCUCUGCAUUACCACGACAUCAUGACUAGCCGCCUGCUUCUCCUUCUGUCCAUCUUGGGAUUCAUUGAGUGUAGCCUCCUGGUGUCUCCUAUAGUGAUUGUGGCCUCCAAGGUGGAGUUCUGCUCCUCCAACCUCAUCCUGGAUUUUGUGUGUGAAAAUAUGGUCCUCCUGAACCUAGGAUGUGGGAAUAUCGACGACAUUCAGAUGGUGGGUCUGAUGGUGCGGGUCCUGGUGACCGCCAUGGACAUCUCUCUGCUCCUGGCCUCUUAUUCCAGGAUCCUGUACAUAACCAUGAACCUAGUGACCGGGAAGUCUCGGCACAAGACGCUGCACACCUGCGGGACCCACCUGUGUGUUGUCAUCCUGAACUAUUCCUGUGGGUUACUGUCAUCCAUCGCGUACAGGAUGCCGAUCUCCAUCGACCUGCAGAACCUCACCAGCGCCAUCUACUUCCUCUUCCCGGCCACCAUCCAUCCACUUAUAUAUGGCUACAGGGUGACGGAGAUCCGGGCAUGUCUUAUAAAGUCCUGGAGGAGAUGA